CCGAGUGCUAAAUCGUCUCCUCUUCAUCAAUAUAAGAAAACAAAGAAAGUAGCCUAUAAGGGAUUGCAGAGCUGUGUGGCCAGCCCCAUCUGUGAAAGUGAAAUUCAGCUUGCAUCAACCCUCAUUUACAGCUGGGCUGCUGCUGUCAGACCGGGUUGGAGUUGGAGGACAAUCAACUGCAACUGCUGCUGCCACUGCUGGUGUGUUUUGUGUGGUGUGGACUUUCUCACGUUGCGGUGGACAAACACACACCCACACACACACACACACACACACACACACACACAUACAUACAGGAGCUUGCAUGCCCGGUACUCCUCCUCCCACCUCUCUCUCUGGCAAAUACAUACACACACUCGGGAGUGUGAGAGGCAGUGUGUUGGUGGAGGACCCUGUCGUGUGGACUGUAUUGAAGAGAGGAGAAACGAGGAGCGCAGCAACAGACUCUACCAUGCCAGUGCAGGGAGGAAGGCUGAAGCGCUGUCUCUCUCUCUGCCUCUGGAGCCGGAGUCCUCUGCUGUUGCUUGGACUGUUCUCUCUUCACGCACAAGCGCACGGCAAUAUAUUGGACAGUAUGCUGCUAAGAGCAUCCAGUAAGGAUUCAGUGGAGAGUGGGAAGGAGACUAGUGGCAGCACAGCUCCUGCUUCAUCCUCCGAACGAAUACUGUGGUGUCACUGUUAUCACCACUGCCCCGAAGAUUCAACCAAUAAUACAUGCAGGACUGAUGGCUACUGUUUCACAAUGGUGGAGGAGGAGGGAGGGGUGCCGGUCCAGACUGCAGGAUGCCUCGGCCUCCGAGGAUCAGAAUUUCAGUGUAGGGAGACCGGGAACGCUCGUCAAAGGAGAUCACUGGAGUGCUGCACAGACCAAGAUUACUGUAACAAAAACCUGCAUCCUACACUGCCACCACUCAAACCCCCUCUCUUUGUAGAUGGAAAGAUCCACCACAUGGCCUUGUUGAUCUCAGUCACUGUGUGCAGCAUUAUUCUGGCUGUCAUUAUUGUCUUCUGCUACUUCAGGUAUAAGUGUAAAGAGUCUCGUCCUCGGUACAGCAUUGGUCUGGAGCAGGAUGAGACCUACAUCCCCCCUGGAGAAUCUCUGAGGGACCUGAUAGAGCAGUCACAAAGCUCUGGCUCAGGCUCAGGGCUCCCUCUAUUGGUGCAGCGAACAAUAGCCAAGCAGAUCCAUAUGGUGAAGCAGAUCGGCAAGGGGAGGUAUGGCGAGGUGUGGAUGGGCAGAUGGAGGGGAGAAAAAGUUGCUGUUAAAGUAUUCUUUACCACUGAGGAGGCUAGUUGGUUCAGAGAGACUGAGAUUUACCAGACCGUCCUGAUGAGACAUGAGAACAUAUUGGGUUUCAUAGCUGCUGAUAUUAAAGGAACUGGGUCCUGGACCCAACUCUACCUAAUCACGGACUACCAUGAAAAUGGCUCUUUGUAUGACUACCUAAAAUCAACCACUCUAGACAACAAAGCCAUGCUGCGACUGGCCUACUCCUCUGUGUCAGGCCUUUGUCACCUCCACACCGAGAUCUUUGGCACCCAGGGCAAACCUGCCAUUGCUCACAGGGAUCUGAAGAGUAAGAACAUACUGGUGAAAAGAAAUGGGACCUGCUGUAUAGCUGACCUAGGACUGGCAGUCAAGUUUAUCAGUGACACCAAUGAGGUAGACAUCCCUCCCAACACUAGAGUCGGUACAAAGCGCUACAUGCCUCCAGAGGUUCUGGACGAGACUCUGAACAGAAGUCAUUUUCAGUCGUACAUAAUGGCCGACAUGUACAGCUUUGGGCUCAUUCUCUGGGAGAUCGCUCGCCGUUGUGUUUCAGGAGGGAUUCUUGAAGAGUACCAGUUGCCGUACCAUGAGUUAGUUCAUACAGACCCUUCAUAUGAAGAGAUGAGAGAGGUGGUCUGCAUCAAGAGACUACGACCAUCCUUUCCUAAUCGAUGGACCAGCGAUGAGUGUUUGAGACAGAUGGGGAAGCUGAUGACAGAAUGCUGGGCCCACAACCCGGUCUCCCGUCUCACAGCCCUACGGGUCAAAAAGACACUUGCCAGGAUGUCAGAAUCGCAGGACAUCAAGCUGUGAACAGGCACUGCCAGGCGUGUGUUUACACACAUAGAAAGGGCACUAUAGCAAUCACACUGGCUCUGGUCUAGGCCACACACUCCUUUUUCCUGGGAACAGGAGGUGGGACAGGAAGCAAGAUCACCACUUGAAGAUCGCAGGAUCACACACUUUAUGAGUCCAGAUGCCCAGAAUUCUACAAUCCGAGUCCCCCUCGAAAAAAUGUGUUUCAGGACUCCAGUGGUUAAAUAUUUAGAACUAAAAUUAGUCAAGAAAACAAUCUGGCCCAGUGUGGCCCUGUCAGAGAAUAUGAGACAUUGUCAUUUCAAACUAACUCACGGUCCUGUUCACAUUCUCCAAAAGCCCUGGAAGAAAAGAUUGAGUUUAACUUGGCACUGUAGCUGCAGAAAUAUGCAAAACAAGCUACUGAUCAGUGAGUGGAAUACUAUAUCACUGCUUUCUGUGAAAGCUACCCUACCUGUAGAUGAAGGUCCGAUUGAUAUCAAAACACUGUCAACCCACUACUGCUUUUAUGUUCUACAGUAAUUGGAUCGAACACACUUUUGUCCCUCUUAAAUUGACUUAUUUUACAAUGACUGACACUAUGUGGCAGGAAAAAAAGGUGUACUUUUGAGGCUUUAAAAGUGUUUUUAUGGAGGUAACGUUUGAUGACACUGAAGAUAAGGUUCAUCUGUAUUUUUGACUGGAUAUGAAAGUUGAAAAAGCUUAUUUUCCAUGUAAAACUCAAACUCUUUUAGACCCUUUGUGAAAAAUAAAGUUGAUAUGUCCAAAUAAAAUCUGGAUUGAGGCUCCACAUGCCUCUGUGUUUCCUUGCCCUGUGUCAGGGGAGGGGGGCUUUGCAGUAAUGAAGCGAUCGAAGCAGAACGAUGCCACCCGUAGGUGCUCCGAAGCGAUUACAGAAACUGUUGCACACUAACUGUAUUGGUGACUUCUUGUUUGAUGAUGUAGUGAUUUAUUGUACAUGUGUGGAAUUGUGCCUGUGUUAGUUUAGGGGUAUCACAAGUUGUUUGUCACGGGGGACUGCUAUCAUUCAGACACUCCCAAUAACACAGAGUGGCUCCCAUAAAUAGGCUGAUGAUGGAUGUGUGUGUUUUAGGCAACUGGACCACCACUUAACAGCCAUACACACAAUAUUGUUGAAAAAGAGACUGGACCUAGAAAACGCCCACGGCCAUCACCAAACUAGCACCAGAAUUACCCCAGUGGACAUCACCAUCACCUGACCACCAGGCUGCCUCAUACAUAUAAAAUAAAGUACAUGUUGAACUGAUUCACCAUAAUAAACCAUUUGCAGCUAUUACACUGAAAUCAAAUGGCGAUUGCCAUUUAAAAAAUCCAUCACCUGGCUUCUAUCAGGCGAGUUUCUCCGCUGAUUUAAAUGUUCACAUGGUAGCAGUCAAGUAUUAGAAAGCUUUAUCAGCUCUGUCUCAGUAAGAAAUAGUUCUCAAGGUAAAUCUUGAACCGUUCAUCAUCACGGUUAGCAGACUGUUAGGUCUUCCACAGUGGUCUGCUGAUACAUUUUUAGCUUCUUUUUUUUAGUCCCUUUAUCCUUGAUGAACUUUGCUUCAGGUCGAUGAGUUGUGUUUUUGUUUUUUAUUUCUGACAACUAAAAUAAUGUAAGGCUCUAUCACUGUCAAAGGUGUGGCAGAUGUGUUGUGUUAUACAUGCCCUUUCUUUCCUCUUGGGUGUUGUGCCUUAUUUAAUCUGUACCUGUAGUUGUCUGUGAGAGAAAGUGCUGUUAUUAAUUCAG